AACUUAACCACCAUUUCUAUGUCUUAUUAUUAUUCCAUUAUGCAUUUAUGCUAUAAAUACCCACACCAAUCAGAUUCCCAAACCCCAACCCAAGUUAAGCCCACUCAUCAAAACUCUGUUUCUUCUUUAAACUCAAAAAUACACUGCAUUCUCUCUAGCUCAAUAGAUCACACAAAAUUUAUCAUAGCAUCAUGGACAACAUGAUUGACGACGACAUCAAGUACUGGCAAAACAAUAUCUUCCCAACCGAAGAACUGGGCAGUUAUUUCGAAGAUAUGUCCGUUGGCGCGUACUAUGACUCGAGCUCGCCGGACGGAGCGCACGACCAGUCGGCGUCGUCGAGCGCCUCGAAGAACAUCGUCUCCGAGAGGAACAGGAGGAAGAAGCUGAACGAGAGGCUCUAUGCCCUAAGAGCAGUCGUCCCCAACAUCACAAAGAUGGACAAGGCCUCCAUUAUCAAAGACGCCAUCGAGUACAUCGAGUCCUUGAACAACGAGGAGACGCGGAUCCAAGCCGAGAUCCUCGAGCUGGAAUCGGGCGGGGCUCCGCUUUUCUACUCGGAUCAUCAGCCUGAAUCCACUGCGUUUUCGGCUUCGCAGCCGAUUAAGAGAAGUAGAAUGAUGGAGAGUUACUACGAUUCGUGCGUGUCUUCGUCUGCGCCCUCAUCUACCUCCUGCGCAAUGCUGCCAUCGUCUCCUAUUGAUCUUCUCGAGUUGAGGGUGUCGAGCAUGGGGGAGAAGACGUCGACGAUAGUGGUGAGCUUGACCUGCACUAAAGGAACAGACACAAUGGUGAAGUUGUGCGACAUUUUUGAAUCUUUGAAUCUCAGAAUCAUCACCGCCAGUAUUUCUACUUUCUCUGAGAGGCUUCUCAUGACUGUUUUCCUUGAGGGUGAUGACGGAGACAAAGAUGUUCUGAAUUUCAAGAUAAGGGCUGCCAUAGCAGCCCUCAAUGAUCCAUACAGCCCUAUUAGCAUAUAAACAAGCAUUUAAUUGUCUUAAAUAGAAAGGCAGAUUUGUUCUCUUUAAAUAAUAUAUUUAUAUCUGUGUGUAUUUAAGUGUGGUUGCAUUUCAAUUCAUAAUUGUAAUUUCCCAUUGUUAGUAUUUUUUUUUUGAGGUAGAACGAGAAACUAUAUUAAAUCACGAGAAGCAAUAUCUGUGAGCCAAGCAGGAAAGCUUGACUUCCAGAUCAUUACACCAGAAAAAGAAGCGGCAAUGUUCGUCAAACAAUGUGCCGCCCGGUUAGCUUCUCUCCGGGCAUGGCAAAAAUCAAGGACAAUGUGGUGUUUCGCAUGAGUGAACGCCUCAAAAAGGUCGUCGCAAAGAGAGUCAGUUCCUCCUCGAUCCUCAUGAACCACGUGCACAGCAAGAAGGGAGUCGGUGAAGACCAGCAGCGGACCAAGCUCAUUCUCCAAACAAAACCCAAUGCCAAGCAACAGACACUUCAUGCUUUUUUAGCAGUGGUCAAAGAGCCUGUAUGGUGUAACAUCGCAGGUUUAGCUAUUGUUUUUUCAAUAUCUUGUACUACAAUUAUUGUUAGGAGUGAGAAGAGAUCUAAACUAUAUAGAUCACAUAAUCGGACGAUCAAUAAAAUUAUCCGACUUUAAUCA